ACCUCUGCUUCAGAAGAACAAAACAACUCGAGGAGGAAGAAGAAAAGGCUGGGAUAGUCAUUUUGUCAGUUUAAAUGCCAAUUUCCGUCAUAUGCCACAAUCCAUAACAACGUGAAAUUUAUCGCUGUGCUCCAACAUGGUAAAAUGUUCAAGAAAGUGUUUAGGAAAGGGUGUCUCGUAAGAACUGGACAUGUCAUUCUUACUUGGGCGACAACACUGGUGUUAUUUUUACACGACACAGAUUUGCGGAAGUAUGAAGAGAGAGGUGAGCUGACACAUCCGGUGGUUUUCGCAUCCCUGGUGCUCAUUUCCGUGAUGCUCUACUUCACUGUUUCUCUCAUGGACCCGGGGUUUGUUCUCAGCGACGUUGAGACAUCAUCAACAAAUGAAGAACUGGAAGAAAUGAUGCCACAAACAGCUCGUCUGAGACGCUGUGGAUACUGUUUACUACUGCAACCAAUGAGAGCCAAGCACUGCAAGGUGUGCAACAGAUGUGUGAGACGGUUUGACCACCACUGUCCCUGGAUAGAGAACUGCGUGGGGGAGAGGAACCACCGCUGGUUCCUGCUCUAUCUGGGAGUCCAGCUACUGGUUCUUCUGUGGGGCCUGCAGACUGCCUGGUCAGGCAUUGUUUCCACUCCCACUUGGAAACUGUGGUUGGUGCAGAACGGCUUCCUGCUGGCAGCCCUGGGGGUGACCGGUGUGUUCUCGGGCGUGGUCGUCCUCCUGUUGGGCUGCCAUCUGUACCUGGCCUCCAGCAGCACCACCACGUGGGAGUUCAUGUCCCGCCAUCGGAUCUCCUACCUCAAGCACUGCGACACCGAGGAGAACCCCUUCGACAGAGGGCUGCUCUGCAACCUGUGGGACUUCUUCUGUGUGUGUCGGACCGUGGCUUGGGAGAAAGUGUACGCCAAGGUCAGAGCGAGCGCAGUGUGACUACUGGCUAUGACGACAUCACUGGGGUGCAUCUCUUCACAGUGGCUACUCCAUUGUUUUAUUUUUAAGAAAUGUCCCGACUCUUAUGAUUGGUGCCUCAUCAAUCAUUGCGGAAGGAGUCUGCCAUUGUGGUGCUAGAUGCGCCAGAUACAGCUCGUGGACAUGGGCUGUUGCCGAGCAUUUGCCACCCAAUUGUUUUUUCAUCGAGAUUACAAUUAACAUGAUUUGUAUGUAAUACAUUCCCAAAGAAUCCUCAAGACCACUCUUUUUGACCAUAAGUGGCAAAUUACAUAUGAAAUGGAAAAGCUUUCUAAUCUUUUGCAGAUGGGGCAUUUCCCCUUAGUCUUGUGUAAGUCUUGGUUUUUAUAAGCCCUGCUCAAAUCUGUUUGGUUAAGUGUAAUCAUUUUCUGAACACAUGAUUCAGAAUAAUCAAAAUAGACUAAUUUUGCUGAUUUUUUGUGGGAAAUUUUACUGAAUUUGUAUGAAAGGAUAGGUUUGUUUCAUGACGAUGUAUCUUGUUUUACUGUAAUUUAAUGCAAAUAUGUAAUUAACUAUGAAUAAAUAAUUUUAUUAACAUUUUAUUGUAUCGUGAAAAAUAUAUAACACCGCUCAUUCAUAGAGUUGGCAAGAACUUUAUCCAAAAAGGCUCUCAACUGUAUAACACAAAUGUUUCAGUUGGAUAGUGUGUAGAGACAAUUGAUAUUAAUAUAAUAAAAUUUAAUAUUUUAACAAAAUGUAUAUUUAUUGGGAUGCCAGCAUAGUUGUUUGCUGGGAAGAAAUUGAUCUCAAGACAGUCGCUUAUUUUCCAAAAUAUUAUAAUGUAGACAACCACACCUUUCCACUGAAUCUCACAAAUAGUCUUGUACAGGGUGAUGUUAUAGUAACCUUAGUUUUUUAUUCCUGACCCCACCACUUCCAUCAUCAUUGUGGAUUCUUUCAUUUUUUUUACUGCAUUCUUGCACCUUAUUUAUUCAUGUAGAAUAAAAAAAUAUUACUGUAAUUUCUCUCACAGUACUUUUGGGCAUCAUGCUGGACAACAGAAAAAUCCUUCAUGGACAACAGAAAAAUUAUACAAACCACCAUUAUACCAACCACCACAGGGCGAUACGUUGUUUUAGCAUGCACGUACAUUUGAUGUUGAUAGGCCUCAGUCAGGUGCAUUAUUUUGAUUUUAAAAUAUGUAGAAUGUUUUGUUGUCCCUGCUCGGAUGUUUUGCGGGAACAAAAUCCCGCCCGUUUUGUAGUUUUUCCACACCACUCCCUAUCUCAAGGUUCCGCCUAUCAGGUCGCAGAUUCAUUUUCGAACGCAGAGCUCCGUAGGCUGCCCGCGAGGAGGCGGAGCACGUGUUCAGUUUGCGCUUCUUGCGCGAGGCGCGUUCUUACCGGGGGAGCGCGUGAGAGAAUAGGUUGUGUGAUUGUACGCGUGUGUGUGUUUGCAUUCCCUCGCGAGCGCAGCACACUUAUUUUCUUAUAUUCUGGUCCUAAAUUGUAGGCAGAGUAUAAAUUCCAAUCUGUAGCGUAUUUUCAAGCGAUUUGUUACUCUACCAGCGAAAAUCAUGUCAGCCUCAGCGGCUAAAGUGAGUAAAAAGGAGCUGAACUCUAACCAUGACGGAGCGGAGGAGACCUCUG